GAAACAGAGGAAGAACCUUCUCAUAAGCGCUAUCGUCGUUUAGCAUUGACAGCCGAUUAGUCUUCCUCGGUUGGUGAUUUAAUAAGUAUACCAGCGUUCGGUAUAUUCGAUUCUAUAACACCUGUUAUCACGGAAGGGAAUGUACUACAGAUAAUCGUGUCAAACAGUGUUCAGGUCAGGAAUACUCAUGAACUUUACUAUCUGAAGACCCAGCAAGCACAGGGGAAGAUGGAGCAAUCAGAGAAGGGGUUAAAGCAACGUCUACGUGUGUGCGUGGCCACCUGUAACAGAGCGGACUACUCUAAACUCGCACCCAUCAUGUUCGGCAUCAAGUCUCACCCUGAAAUAUUUGACCUGGAAGUGGUGGUGCUGGGUUCGCAUCUCAUUGACGAUUACGGAAACACGUUCCGUAUGAUUAAACAGGAUGAGUUUGAUAUCAGCUCUAAGUUGCACACCAUUGUUCGUGGUGAGGACGAAGCUGCCAUGGUGGAGUCCGUGGGUCUCGCGCUCGUGAAGCUUCCCGACGUACUUCAGCGUCUCGCUCCUGACAUUCUGCUCAUUCACGGUGACCGUUUUGACGCUCUGGCCUUGGCCACGGCAGCGGCUCUAAUGAACAUUCGCAUUUUGCACCUGGAAGGUGGAGAAGUGAGCGGAACCAUUGAUGAUUCCAUUCGCCACGCCAUCUCCAAACUGGCACACUAUCACGCCGUCUGCACGCGCUCGGCCGAGAGACACCUCAUCUCUAUGUGCGAAGACCACUCUCGCAUUUUAUUGGCAGGUUGCCCGUCAUACGACAAGCUGCUUUCCGCCCACCAACGAGACGAUUAUACAGAUAUCAUCAAGUCGUGGCUUGGGGAUGAUGUGAAGGAAGAGAACUAUAUUGUAGCUCUGCAGCAUCCUGUUACCACAGACAUCAAGAAUUCCAUUAAGAUCUAUGAGUUAAUGCUGGAUGCCCUCAUCUCCUUCAACAAGAGAACUCUCAUUCUCUUCCCAAAUAUUGAUGCAGGCAGUAAGGAAAUGGUUCGUGUGAUGAGGCGGCUGGGAAUCGAGCAGCAUCCGAACUUCCGUGCGGUAAAGCAUGUUCCGUUUGAACAGUUCGUCCAGCUGGUGGCACAUGCCGGCUGCAUGAUCGGGAACAGUAGCUGUGGCGUUCGUGAGGCCGGAGCGUUCGGAACACCUGUCAUUAACCUGGGAACCCGCCAGACGGGUCGAGAAACAGGGGAAAAUGUCCUACAUGUGCGAGAUGCAGACAAGCAUAAUAAAAUAUACCAUGCCCUGCAGCUGCAGUUUGGAAAACGCUACCCUUGCUCCAAGAUCUACGGUGAUGGAAAUGCGGUCCAGCGCAUCUUGAAGUUCAUGCAGUCCAUUGACCUUUCUGAGCCACUACAGAAAAAGUUCUGUUUCCCGCCGGUGAAAGAGUGCUUCUCUCAAGAUAUCGACCACAUUUUGGAGACACAAAGUGCCCUUGCUGUAGACCUGGGGGGGACAAACUUGCGUGUCGCCAUCGUCAGUAUGAAGGUGUAUAACUAUCACAUGGUCCAUACUUCCAGUGAUGGAGAGGGUAGGGUGGUUAAGAAAUAUACCCAGUUGAAUCCUAAGACGUUUGAGGAGAGGAUAGAGCUGAUGCUGACCAUGUGCAAACAGGCCAUGGCUGACGCUGUUCACCUCAACUGCAGAAUCCUGGGUGUUGGUGUAAGCACAGGGGGGCGUGUGAACCCACAAGAUGGGAUAGUCCUCCACUCCACCAAGCUAAUAAACGAGUGGAGUUCAGUGGACAUCCGCACGCCUCUUUCUAGCGCCCUUCAUCUCCCUGUGUGGGUCGAUAAUGACGGCAACUGCGCCGCCCUUGCUGAGAGGAAGUUUGGCCAUGGGAAAGGCGUGGAGAACUUUGUCACCAUUAUCACUGGAACCGGAAUUGGAGGUGGUAUAAUCCAGCAUAAUGAACUGAUCCACGGCAGUACGUUUUGCGCGGCGGAACUGGGACACAUCGUGGUCUCAUUGGAAGGACCAGAGUGCAUGUGUGGGGGCCACGGCUGCAUAGAGGCCUACUCCUCAGGUCUCGCCCUGCAGAGAGAAGCCAAGAGACUUCAUGACGAGGACUUGCUGAUGGUGGAUGGAAUGACUAUAAAUAACAAAGAACAGGUGAACGCUGUUCAUCUCAUCAAUGCGGCUCGCCUUGGCAACUCCAAAGCUGAAAGUGUACUUCACACCGCGGGGACUGCCCUGGGUUUGGGCAUCGUGAACAUCCUGCACAUGAUCAACCCGUCUCUGGUGAUCCUGUCUGGUGUCCUGGCGGUGCAUUACGAGAAUCCAGUUCGUCAGGUGAUCAGCCAGCGUGCUCUCGUCUCAGCGCAGAAGACCAAGGUCAUGGUAUCUGAGCUUGAGGAUCCCGCACUGCUGGGUGCCGCCAGCAUGGUACUGGACUAUACCACCCGCCGUACCUACUGAAAGAGCUCGAAAACCAAGGAACCAAUCUGUUAUAGACUUAAAGACCGAGGGCCAAUCACGUGCUAUGUCCAUGUGACCUGAACAUUUUUAUUUGUCUAGUUUUUACUAUAGUCACAUUUAAGCACUAUAUUAUUUGGGAUCAAGUAUCUGAUUUUGAAAAAUGGUUUAAGUAUGUGAAGGAUGGUUUUAUUUAAUAUUGUACAGUGGAACUAGGGAACUAGUUGUUACAGAGAGGCUGCUGUGAUUUUAUUGCCCGCUCUGUCAUUGUCUUUCUUUCUAUUGUUUGCAUUUUUCACAAAGAUAGUCUUAUUCUCCUUUGCGCCUUACGCUGAUCUCUUGUCAAGCCUUUGUCUUCAGAGCACCAUGUGUUUAUGACUACACUAAUUUAAUAUUUAAUUAAAUUACGAAAAUUGUUAACAUUGUAUGCACAUUAAAAAUUAUUGAAAACAAA